GUCGUUCAACUUCCUCUUGUGGCUCCAUUUACAGAAACAGCGUCAAAACUUUCAGCGUCGGUCUCACUUAUUCCGCUCACAGAAAUGGAAGGCAGUGCUCAAGGAGGUAAAGCUUUUGGUCUCCUAAAGUCUCAUCAGGAGGAAAAACUGAACUCUAUCAAUGAGGCUUUUCUCACAGACCCCCAGUAUGCAGAAGAGGAAGACCUGGCUUCAAAACUUGAAAUGUUUAAACAGAAAUACAUGGAGUUUGAUCUUAACGACAAAGGAGAAAUAGAUAUAAUGGGAUUAAAACGGAUGCUGGAGAAACUUGGACUGGCCAAGACUCACUUAGAGCUGAAAAAGAUGAUGGCAGAGGUUGUUGGGGGUGCAUCUAAGGACACUAUCAGCUACCAUGAUUUCCUGAAUAUGAUGUUGGGGAAAAGAAAUGCAAUUCUAAAGCUGAUCUUGAUGUUUGAAGGGAUGGGAAAGGAGCAAGAGCAGAAAGAAGUUGGACCACCUCGUCGCAAAACCUUUUCAGAUCUGCCCUGAAAAAUCUCUCCAUCCCAGCUGAAAAUGUUGUUUUUCAGAUUUAAAAAUCACCUAAAUGCUUUGAAAUUUGUGUUGGGGAAAAAAUAAAACUGUGCAAUAUUCAUGAAGUAA